GUGCUUUAAAAUUUAUGAUGAGUUCUCAGAAUCUCUCAACAGCUAAAUUAGUCAAUAAUCUGAAUCGGUUUCGGCCAUGGUAAAGCUCAAGCAUGGUGCCCAUGAAUGUGUGCUGACCUCACCGGAGAUCAUAGCCAACGGCAUAUGCAACAUCUGCUUCAAGGACGACCCGACAGAAUUCUCAUGUGAUCUUUGCAACUUCGAUCUCUGCAGACCUUGCUCCAAACUACCACUCAAGGUGUCACAUGGUUUUCAUCCACAACACCCUCUCGAGUUUUGUCUAGGCAACAGAGAAGGGAACAAGAGAUACAAGCUCUGCUCCGGGUGUGGUGAUCUAUUCUCCGACCAAUCCCUUUAUUACAAGUGUAAAGACUGUGAGAUCUUCUUGGAUCUCGGUUGUGCCAUCCUCAACAACAUCGAGACGAGUUGGAACGCUGAAGAAAAGCUACACUAUAGCCAUGCACACUUGCUGAAGAGGUGUAAGCCAGGACCAAACGCUAGAGGCACCUCCUCAUGCUUGAUGUGUGAGCUUCCUCUUACUCCUUCUGCUAUAUCUUACGGUUGCUUUCAAUGUCUCUUGUUUGUUCACGAGCGAUGCAUUGAUGAACUUCCUCGAGAGAUUCAGCAUCCAGUGCAUCAGGCACACCCUCUCACACGCCUUGAUUUCACACAUACUUGUGGUGGUGGGAAAGUAUGUGAUGCGUGCGGGGUCCAUAUCGAUGGUGCACCGCUUAGUUGCCUAAAAUGUAAUUUUCAUCUUCACAUGAGGUGUGCGGAUUCAUUGUUGCGAGGUUUGGUGAACAAGUUUCAUCGCCACAAGCUGUUUUAUAUAGCUACUUAUGCUGAAAUAAGUUUUGUAAAAAGGUGUGGAGUGUGCAUGAGAGACGAUGGUGGCUAUGGUGACGGCCACACGUAUCAUUGCGUGGAAUGUGGUUGGAAGUCUCAUUUCGAGUGUCUUGGAAUACCCAAGUCCGUUGUCAAGAAAUCAUAUCACAUUCAUCCACUUGUGCGUCAAAUAUUCGACAGUGAUGAUGAGUUUUGUGGCGUUUGUGAGACAAUGGUACACGCAGGGCGUUAUGCAUAUUGUUGCCUAGAAUGUGGUUUUGUUAGUCACAUUGAGUGCAUUUUACAUGAGGAAGUGCCAUCCCCGUUGUACUUGAAAGAUCUGUAUUCUCAUGGUGAAAAACUAAUUACAAUGCCACGAGCCGAUGACGAUGAUGAAUGUGAAACUAAAGAGUUAGAAAACAAACUCGUGGUUAUUGAUAUUAGGCAUAAUCAUGUGCUGAGUUCUUGCAAUGUUACGGCUUCUCUGAUAGAAUGCACGAUAUGUUCUAGGAACAUACAUGGAAGAUUAUGGGAAUGCGAAUGCGAUGACGAGACAUGUGAUUUCAAGGCACAUGAUAACUGCGUAAAGCUAAGACAACAAUCGAGGUAUAGAUUCCAUUUGAAUCAUCCUUUGACACUUCUACCAAGUUAUCCCGCAGGGACUAUUAAGAUGAGAUGUAACAUAUGCGAAGAGAAGAUAGAUUCUUUCAAUCUAUUCUGCCGCAUAUGCGAAUUCACCAUUUGUACAAAAUGCGCGGUAAGCGUUAAAAUGCGUCUUGGAGAGUUACAAAGGGGUCAAAAGUUCAUUAGGUACCUUGAACAUGAAGAAUGCUUGGAAGGAGGACAUGGCUUGGUUCAAGUUAUGGUCUCAAGGUCAUACACGGUGGCUUGUACUAUUUGUGACGACAUGCUGUGUGAUGAAAACAUAGUCUCAUGUCCGGACUGUGAAGAGAUUUAUCAUUAUCGGUGUUGUGAACUCUGGAGGCGAUACUGGGCUCUUGAAAAUCAUCCACUUCAUUUUAAUCACGGUUUAUAUAGGACCAGAUGGAAACCAGCUGGAUCAUCCAAAUGCACUGCUUGCAAACUUGAUAUUGAUAAUUCAAAGUAUGUUUUCUCUUGUUCCAUUUGCUCUAUCAGCUUCCAUUUUAAAUGCGCCCUAGCAGUGGGUCUAACAAAAAAGAUCAAGGCCCACAAGCACUGUGCCUACAACUUUGGGGACGACGCGGAGGCAUCCUCCUCGUCGUCCCGCCAUUGCACUGUUUGCAAUAAACCAUGUGGUGCGUCCUACUACGGGUGUGAUAUUUGUAACAUGUCCGCCCAUGUAGAAUGUAUUGGGUUUCCAACUUAUGUUAAGAACCAACUCCACCGGCAUAUUGUUCGGCUCAAGAAAAUUGAUGCCAAGAAAAUUUGUUCUAUCUGCGGAUUAGAAACCAAGUUCCCUGGUCAUAAGUAUCAUUACACAUGUGAUCGCUGUAAGGAUGCGUUUCACACCAACUGCAUAUUAAUGUCCAUGGUUGAACAUGAGGCAGCAACAGAAGAGGAACAAGUUAGUGAUAUCUCGAAUGAGGCAACAGAAGAGGAGCAAGUUGAUGAUCUCUCGAACGAGGAAGCAACAGAAGAGGAGCAAGUUGGUGAUCUCUCGAACGAGGAAGCAACAGAAGAGGAGCAAGUUGGUGAUCUCUCGAACGAGGAAGCAACAGAAGAGGAGCAAGUUGGUGAUCUCUCGAACGAGGAAGCAACAGAAGAGGAACAAUUUAAAAAUCGCUGGAACUUGUCCGAGGAUAUAUAUGGAUUGUAAGUAGGGAUGUUGUAUUGGGUAGUCCAACCCAACCCAGCCCUAAUUAACUUAAGCCCAACCCUAAAUGAGCCCUAAACCUUUUAUUACCCAUUAAAAUAUGUAAUAUAGGGCUUGACCCUUCUUAGCCCUAAAAGCCCUUUAUGCUUUUUUCAAUGUUUUUUUUUUGAAUAAAGAUAUUCUUUUUCAAUGUAAACACAUUUGUAACAUCAUAAAAUUUGUAAAAACAAUAACUACACAUUGAGCUAAG